AUGCUUCGAUCCGGGAUUGUUGGAGACACCCAACGAGCGGAGACCCGGACAACACGCCCAGCGUCCGGUGGGCUUUCGGUGACAGCGGCACUGCCAUCCAUCCGCCCAGCCGGAAGCCAAACCUUGUAUUGUUGGCCGCAGGUUGGCUGCCUUCAACGCCUCCAGGUUUCAUAUUAUCUGUUGAAAACAGGCAAGAAGCAUUACCAAAGGACGUUCCAUCUGCAUAGCACAGACCCUGCUGCUGAGUUGCCCACCCUGCACAAGAAUUCCCAAAAAACGGCUGACCAGCAUGACUGGUCAGAGGUGCCCAAUGGAACCCCAUCGGAGGAUAUUCUACAGCUCUGGAGAGACGCUGAGGCGGUUUGCUUUGACGUGGACAGCACCUUGUGUCAGGAUGAGAGCAUUGAUGAAUUAGCAAGGUUCCUUGGCGUUGCAGAUGCUGUUGCAGAGCUCACCACAAGGGCCAUGGAAGGGGGGAUGGAGUUCAAAGAGGCUCUAGCAAUGCGGCUUGAUUUGAUGAAGCCGUCGGAGGGUGAUUUGAAAAGGUAUUUGCUCCAACACCCUCCCAAAAUCACCACAGGCAUACCUGCACUUGUUGCCGAGCUCCAAUCCUCUGGAAAGGCUGUCUUCCUGAUCUCUGGCGGAUUUAGGCAGAUCAUCGAUCCCAUUGCGGAAAUUCUGGAGAUCCCUGCCAGCCAUGUCUAUGCGAAUAGGCUGCUUUUCAACGAGGAUGGCGAUUAUGCGGGGUUCGACGAGACGGAGUUCACAUGCCGCAGCGGCGGAAAGCCCAGGGCAGUUGCAAGGAUAAAGAGCGAGCAUGCCUACUCCCAUAUGGUCAUGAUUGGUGACGGAGCCACAGAUUUGGAGGCCAAGACGCAGGGAGCCGUGGAGUUGUUCAUAGGGUAUGGAGGCGUCGCAUUUCGUCCAAAGAUAGCUGAGGCCGCGGAUUGGUAUGUGUGCAGCAUGCAACCGCUGAUCAGCGCACUUGAGUAG